AUUCGCCAGCAGUUUGGGCGGAAGUCGCUCCUUGCGAUUAACCCGGGAAACAUCACCUAUCGCUUUUCACGAUAAAGGAGACUUUAUACUGUUGACAUUUACUCACCCCCGCGUUUGAUGCCUGACCGUACUUUGCGGCAUAACACUCGAUCGACCCACCGCCUCAGCCCCCUGCCGAGUACUAACGUGAGUCAUUGAGCAACCCUAGUAGACCACACCGCACCAUGGCAGACACGAAUCCUUCAGAUAUGCGUCUGCACCAACCAUUUGUCGAAGAUGGCUUGGAGACAGAUGACGAGAAAGGCGACUCUAGUGCAUCCAAGCCGGCAUCCAACUCGGCGUCAAAGAGGAUUCGGAAGACCUCGACUGCUAGAGGAGAUGGACCAACCAGACAAAGAUCGGCCAGCGAUGUUGGGAAUUCGGACCCUCCUCCUUCCAAUAUCAGGGAGAAGCAAAUGCGACAGCCUGAAGGAUCUGGGGCUCGAGCUGGCGCAGAGGAUGAAAUCAGAUCCGAGUCAGGCAUCACCAGGUCACAGAAAUCCAGACGACACAGUAAAGCUCCACCUCCGCCCAGUCCUGGAAAGCUUCCCAACAGAGACAGACCACGGAGUCCGGAUUCAAGACAUCGUGAAAGAGCUCCUACUGGACCGUGUCCUUGUGAGCAAUGUGUGAGAAAGCAACAUCAUGGCUCGAGGCCAGGGGUCAACCCGCUUCAGAAGGACUUACGUUCCAAUACAUAUCCAAUGCAACCGCCUCAUCAUGGACCUUCCCAUCCUGGGCCUCCGAUCAUUCGUCAUGGUCUACCGCCACCUGGCUUUGUGUCGGUAGGACCAAUGCCGCCGCAUGGCAUGGGCCCAUUGUAUCCUCAAGUUGGCAAUUUCCAUGGCGCACAUCAUCAACCACCCCCACACAUGGUACCAGGUUUCGCACCCAGUCCUCCUAUCAUGCGCUCUGACAUGCAGCCUCCGCCUCAUCCUAGCAUCUACGCUCCGUCUGUUGUCUCUCAGCCGCCGUCUCUACCCGCUGUAGGAGGCCCGUCAACUAGACAGUUACCAAUGAGGCCUGCAGUCCAUCAGUCGGCGAGGAUUAAAAUUUCGGGUUCAGGGCCGCAUCUCUCCUCCAAAAUUUCGACAUACGAUACCUCGCCAUUCUCACCUGAUGAUGGCGACCACUUCUCAGCUCGAUACCUACCUCCCAAAGCGCACCGUGUGCCUGGUGGCUUCGAGUCAGACGCUUACUCUUCAGAGUCACCGCCAGAUAGUCCUCAAUAUCUUGAGCAACAGAGGCGGCCUCCUCUACCACAUCACCAGACCACGGCAGCGGUCCGGCAGAUCCAUGGUCGUCACUCGACGUCAAGAUCGGACUACCCCGUGGACCCUGGCUACAAUUACCAUCAUGGGACCCCGCCGGAUGCUGGUUGGGAUGUCCAUUCUCAAUCGAGCUAUCCAGGAUAUGAGGCCCAGCGACAUUACCCUGGCGGAAGACGAGGCUCUAAUGUGACUACUUGGACAGACCAGACUUCCGCCUCUGAUCCAACAUACUCAGGCCAUGUUCACUACCAACCUCAUGAAAGCCAUGGUGGAUAUCAAGGUCACGAAUACGCUGCUCAGAGCUACAUGGACCAGGCGCGUGGGGGUCCCGAGCCACGAGUCACCGCCGAGACGCUGAAACACGUCUCCAAUGGACCGAAAAGCACCAAAAGCAACCACAGCCAUCGCCGCAGCCAACACAGCAUGAGCGAGGCAUCGUCGCGAUACCGCGGCGCAGACGGUAGUAUAAAGCUCAUCAUGCCCGUCUCUCAAGCCGAGGGAACAAGGAUCCAGUUGGGCGGUGAUAUGGGUGAUCGGGAGGUCACAUUGCGGUCCACAGAUGAUCCUGGAAAGGUAGAGGUGACGAUUGGGACGGUCGGUGGUGCUGAGCGCAGCAGAUAUCUGCAGAGCGCUAGUCAGACAUCUCGUGCGACUACGAGGUCUUCGGGCAGUACACGGCACGCCCAUCAUAGUCGGGCGGAGGGUCAAGAGCAAAGUCGUGAGCAUGGGGAGCGUCGGGAGCACCGCCGAGCGCCAUCUUCCAGGCAGUCUUGAUCGGAGCGAGAUUUCAAUGAGGAUACGGCAAGGUCGGGAUGAUGGAGUGGAGGGCAGUUCUUGGUACGAUGAGAUGAUUGAUGAUUAUGAAUGCGAUGAUCCUGCCUACUGUUUUCAGCGCAGCACGGCAUUGUUUAGUUGUUCUUGCUUUCGAUUUGUCUGUUAGC